AUGCGCUCCUCUCCGGGGGUUCUCUGGGCCCCUCUGUCUCUCAGUUUCCUCCUGUACGUGGCUGGUCCGUGCUUUUCUGAGGGCACGACCACAGAUGCAGAUUUCACUACUGAAAUUCCCACUGAAGAAACUAUAAGUAUGGACAAGGAAAAUGCAACAAGUUCAACUGAAUUUUACCCAGAACCAAUCUCUAUGGAGGCUAGCCUCCUUGUAAUGGGUAAAUAUGACAUGCCAGUGGAAAAAAAUGUAACUGUAGGAAACUCUGCUAACAUUGAACUAAAAUGUAACUUCAGUACCAUCCAGAAACCACAUUCAGUGCAUGCAGUUUGGAAAAAAGGAAAUGAUGUGAUCAAUAAAACAAGUAAUGUCCAAAUAAUUGGAAAUAUCUUGCAAACUUACAUCAGGUUGAUGAUCACUGAUAGAAUGCAUAUGGGAAGCUACUCUUGUAUUAUUCAAGAAGAAAAUGUUCAAAAGGGCAUAUUUAACCUAGAAGUUCCUGGAGUUUAUACAAAAGAAAAACCAUUGGUGAAUUAUGAACGGGAUUCUGUUGUUUUAUACUGUAACACUAAAACAUAUGUCCCUUUAGAGUGGAUCUGGUAUUCCAGUAAUGGAAGUGAAAAGGUUCCCAUUGACAUUGACGUGAAAGACAAAUAUGAAAUUCUACCAUCCUCACUUAACGAAACAAAGAUAAAGAUAAAGCAUCUUAAAGCAACAGAGAGUGGAAUGUACUGGUGCCAAGCGAUAUUCCCUCUAGGAGAAAGUGAAGGAAAGCAGCUCCUAAAAGUGCUAACCUACCUGGUGCCACUUAAACCAUUUCUUGCAGUAACUGCUGAAGUUAUAAUUUUAGUCACUGGCAUUUUUCUCUAUGAGCAGUACACCAAAAAGAAACGGAUGCCCUCAGAAGACGGAAAAGAUUUUGAACAAUCUGAACAUCUAAAAUCUGAAGAUCACAAUGGGGUACAAAAGGAUGAGCACAGGACCAGACACAGAAAGAGUGAAGUCAGUGAGAAUUUCUCCUCCAAUUAAAGGAAAUUUCAAGCCAACAAAAGAAAAAUC